AUGCAAAAUUCGGGAUCGCCGUCUUCUGGCGGCUUUGGUGGCAACGGUGGUCAAGAAUAUGUAGUUUUUGAUAGGUCUACAGAUGGUUUUUCAAAAGGUACCUUAGACAGAUCUACUGCUGCGAAAUUAAAAUUAGAACAUUUCUAUAAGGUUACUUUGGAUCAAGCAAGAGAAGUUAACGACCGACGUAAUGAACUUGAAAAAAAACUUGAAAAGGAAGACAUUUCAGAUGAACGAAAGAACAGACAACUUCAAUCGCUUGGACGGAAGGAAUCUUCUUUCUUGAGACUUCGCAGGACUAGAUUAGGUUUGGAAGAUUUCGUUACUGUCAAAGUAAUCGGUAAGGGUGCAUUUGGUGAGGUUCGAUUGGUUCAAAAAGCAGAUACAGGUAAAAUAUAUGCGAUGAAAACGUUAAGAAAAGCAGAUAUGUUUAAAAAAGAUCAGUUAGCGCAUGUUAAAGCUGAACGCGAUGUUCUUGCCGAAUCUGAUUCUCCAUGGGUGGUGCAAUUAUUUUACUCAUUUCAAGAUGCGUCAUAUCUCUAUCUCAUUAUGGAAUUCUUACCUGGCGGCGAUUUGAUGACAAUGUUGAUCAAAUAUGACACCUUCUCGGAGGAUGUAACGAGAUUUUAUAUCGCAGAAUGUGUCUUAGCCAUUGAAGCAAUUCAUAAAUUAAAUUUCAUUCAUCGAGAUAUAAAACCUGAUAACAUUUUGAUUGAUAAAGAUGGUCAUAUCAAAUUAUCCGACUUUGGCCUUUCUACCGGAUUUCACCGAACACAUGAUUCUGCAUAUUAUCAGAGACUUUUGGAUGGAAGUCUUAAUAGUUCAUCCGGUCAUAGACAAUUAGGCAGUGAGGCUAAUAUCAAUUUAACAUUAUCUAGUAAAGAUAGGAUCGCCACAUGGAAGAAAAAUCGAAGAGCUUUGGCUUAUUCCACAGUCGGAACACCAGAUUAUAUUGCACCCGAAAUUUUCUUACAACAAGGUUAUGGUCAAGAAUGUGAUUGGUGGUCACUUGGUGCCAUCAUGUUUGAAUGCCUUGUAGGUUAUCCACCAUUUUGUAGCGAAAAUGCUCAUGAAACUUAUCGUAAAAUCAUCAACUGGCGGGAUCAAUUGUAUUUCCCUGAUGAUGUUCAUUUGAGUCCCGAAGCAGAAAACUUAAUUAGACGACUCAUUUGCGCACCUGAACAACGUUUGGGACGUCAUGGUGCAGACGAAAUUAAAGUUCAUUCAUUCUUUUCUGGAGUAGAUUGGGAAUCUAUUCGUAAUAUUGAAGCACCGUUUGUUCCUAAUUUGAAAUCAAUUACCGAUACUAGCUAUUUCCCUACAGAAGAUUUGGACAAGAUUCCAGAGCAACCUCAAACAAUUGAACGCAACAAUUCAAAUGUUGCUGGAGAAUAUAACCAAAAGGAUUUGGCUUUCUAG